GUUUGUUAAAUUUCCAAAAUGAAGGUUCAAUGUGAGUUCUGAUGUCUUGAAUGAGUUUCAGUUUUUAAAGGAUCUUUCACAACAUGUCAGAGAUGAAUACUAGCAGAGUAUCAGAGUUCAUACUGACUGGGUUUCCUGGGCUUCAUCCUGAAUACUACGGUCUUGCUUCUGCAGUUUUGUUCUUGGUGUACUUUGUGACUGUUCUUGCAAAUAUUACAGUGUUUUACUUAUUUGCAACUAACCGGUGUCUUCACAAGCCGAUGUAUUAUAUCAUUUUAAAUCUGUCAGCAUGUGACCUUCUCUUCAGCACAGCAACUUUACCUAAAAUCAUCAGCAGAUACUGGUUUCAAGCCGGGACAAUUUCCUUUACUGGUUGUUUUGUACAAAUGUUUUUUGUUCACUAUCUCGGCUCAGUAAAUUCUUUCAUUCUGUUUCUGAUGGCUUUUGAUAGGUAUUUGGCAAUCUGCCAUCCUCUCAGAUAUGCAACGUAUCUUAAACAAACAACUUUAUUCUUUCUCAGUCUGAGUGCAUGGAUCAUUGCUAUCAUAGUCCCAGUGAUAUUAGUUAUUAGAGCAUAUCCUCUCCCAUUUUGUGGACCAAAUAAAAUCAGUCACUGUUUCUGUGAUCAUGUUGGAAUAACAGGACUAGCCUGCACUGACAGGACACCUUACUCCUUUGCUGCAUUUGUUGGUGCAAUGAUUACUCUUCUUGUACCUCUUUCCUUUAUUGUUUUUUCAUACUCUGCUAUACUCAUAGAUGUAAGUAAGAUAGCAGGUUUCAAAAAUCGUAUUAAGUCUCUGUCUACAUGUAGUACUCAUUUGAUAAUUAUCUCACUCUAUUAUUUACCCAGAUGUUUUGUCUAUUUAACCAGCUAUGUUGGGAUUGUAUUUAGCACUGAUGUGCGAAUAGUGAUUAUAAUGCUUUAUAGCCUCGGCCCUCCAAUGGUCAAUCCACUAAUUUACUGCCUGAGAGCUAAAGACAUACGACAAUGUUUGUGGAAGCAUUUUUACAGAAUGGCACCCCCAAAAACAAUUUCAGCAAUCACUAACUGAUAAAUAGGUGGAAUUUUAACAUCAUAUUAUGAGUUUGUUGUCAGUUCCAAUCAUGUUGUAGCUGAAACUAAGUUCUAUUCUGAAUAAACAGGC